CGGCUGACCGGAUAUUGUAUCUUGUUCCGCGUCGGACACUUUUAGCUGUUGCAUUCCGCUGUUGGUGCACCAACAUGGCGUCAGGAUACAUAUUAAAUCGGGGUGCGCUAACAUUGAAAAGUCAUUGUCAGCGUGUCUUCAGAAACGUAUCGUUAUCGCAGGUCAGGGAGAAAAAACGAUGGAUGAAAGCGUACACACACAUCAUGGCAAAGAAGUUAAAGCUGGAAGGACCGCCGCCACCGAAGCCACGCUCUCAACAGCCUCUCUGGGAUUACCAUGCCGAGGUUCAGGCUUUCAGCAACCGCCUCCAUGAGAGCUUCUCCCUGGAACUUCUGAAAAUAGCCUUCAUCAACCCAUGUUAUUUGCAGGUGGAGCAAGAGAGGAGAAAGGGAUUAGGCAUUAACUCUGAGACUACAGCUUUACUUUUGAAAGAUAAUAUGCAGCUGAGUGCAAAGGGAGCAGAUUUCACCAAAAGCUUUCUAAACGACUGGUGCAGGGCCAGUUUCCCGAGCCUGCCAAGCAAGGGGGUGGAGAGCAUCGUAGGGCACCUUACCAGUUCAGCAGUUGUGACCUAUGUAGCAAGAAAUCUUGGCAUUGAAGACCUCACCAUGAGCGGAGAGUUCCCUGUUCCCGAUGAUGUGCUCCAUUCUACAUUCAUGGCAAUGAUUGGAGCUUUACAGGAGAGCAGUGGAGCAGAGCGAGCAGGCUUCUUUCUCAGGGAUUUCUUGGUCACUCAGCUGUUAGGAAAGGACCUGUUUGAUAUGUGGACAGUGGUCAACCCAAUGGGAAUACUGGUGGAGGAGCUUACUAAGAGGAAUGUGCCUUUGCCAGAGCCCCGCCUCAUUAGAUCUGCUGGAGCCAGUACUGUCUUGCCACUAUACUUUGUUGGUUUGUAUAGUGAUAAGAAGCUUCUGGCACAAGGUCCAGGGGAGACUUUGUUGGCAGCCGAGGAGGAGGCAGCACGUGUGGCUCUCCGAAAAAUCUAUGGGUUCAGUGAGAAUCGUAGACCAUUCGACUUCUCUCCGCAGCAGCAGCAUCAGCAACCGUUAUUUCAGUCAGUCAGCAGCAAUUAGUGAUGUAACAAUUCUCACACUGCUACGUC